UAGCCUGUACGGACCGAAAACACAAGUCGAGCACUCCCGGACUUCGGACCCGCUUCACCACCCGGUUCACCGUCGAGGGUCUUGUUUUGACGCAAAAAUAUUUAUCGUCUUGCAUCCUGACUUUUUUGUUUUUUCUCUCCCCCCUGACUGGGAGCUGGGGGACAUUUGCUGUCAGCUAACUUCCACAAUAGGUCGCUGCGACGCUGGACUGCUGCAUGUGUUUUUUUAUUUAUUUAUUUUUUAUUUAUUUUAGCUUAACACUUUGACUCCAGCUCCUCCAGCCGUGCCCAAUGCUGAGGAAUGGAUAGUGUGUCUGCUAAAGGUGGGAAGAUGGUCCAGAGUGAUGAGCAGCCAGGGAGGGAUAGUGGCGGCGGUGGCGCAGCGAUGGCCGCGCUACAUCAGUGCGAACUCAUCCAGAAUAUGAUUGAAAUCUCCAUCCCCAGUUUGCAGGGGCUACGGACCAAAUGCGCCGCAUCCAACGACCUCACACAGCAAGAAAUACGCACUUUAGAGGUGAAGCUGAUGAAAUACAUCUGUAAACAGCUGCAGUGCAAGUUGAAAGUGCCGGAGACGGAGAGGCCCGAGGCCCUGGACAGCUACCCGCACCUACGAGACUGGCUCCGCACCAUCAACCUACGACCGGAGCUCAUUGAGGCGGUGGAAGCAAAGUUGUCUCUGGAUGCCUUACUGCAGAUGUCAGGUGCUCAGGUGAGGGAUUCCAUGCGAAGACUAGGGUCCAGUUCAGAAGAAUGUGCCAGGCUGAGUGCUGCCCUCUCCUGUCUGAAGAGUGCCACUGAAUCAGGAGGUGAACUGAGAGAAGACGGUAGUCCCUGGCUGUCCGAGCCCACAAGGAGGGACAGUGGCUCUCUACUGACCGCAGACCAGCUAACCGGCUUUGGGACCCCACUCCGCCCUCACAGCCCCUCGCCCCUCGCCCGCCCAUCCGCCAUCCACUCCACCCCAUCCACCCCCUGCGCCACCUUCCCUCAUCCCCGCUCGGGCUCGGUGUCGGCGGUGCCCACGCCUGAGGCCUUGGCAUCAUACGGCCACGUCGAAAGCCCCCUAACGGAUCCAUUCCCCCUGUCCUUUGCCCGCGCAGCCCGGCUCCACGGACACACCUCCACCCCACCCAUAACUCCGCCCUCCAAGAGGCGCCACCAACUGAAGCCCCCCUGCACCCCUCCGCCUCCGUCCCGCAAAGUACUGCAUCUCCUCCCCAACAUCACCCUGACGCGCAGCAAAAGCCACGAGUCCCAGCUGGGCAACCGCAUCGAGGACCCACCCACCAACAAGUGUGUUAAAAAGAAUAAGUUGUUACUGAAUAUGCAAGUUAACGGGAAUGGAUGUGAGGACUUGCCGUCUCGUUACCCCGCCAUGUCUGCGCGAACCCCUGGAGUCACCCCAGCUACCACUACAGCAUCUUACACCCUACCCGGCACGCCCACCCUCCUUGAGGAGCACAUCACCAUUAAGAAUAACGUAGCAGGGCAUCGCGGCUCCCCACAAGCAGUGAGGAGGGACAUCGGCCUAGCAGUCACACACAGGUUUUCCACCAAGUCCUGGCUGUCCCAGACAUGUCAGGUGUGCCAGAAGAACAUGAUGUUUGGGGUUAAGUGUAAACACUGUCGGUUAAAGUGCCACAAUAAAUGCACAAAGGAAGCGCCGUCCUGCAGAAUCUCCUUUCUACCAAUCGCCAAAAUUCGGAGGACUGAGUCCGUUCCGUCUGAUAUAAACAACCCUGUGGACCGGCCAUCAGAAUCACCGCAGUUUGGCACGCUACCCAAGGCCAUUACAAAAAAGGAUCAUCCUCCAGUGCUGAACCAACUGGACUCCAGCAGCAAUCCGUCCUCCACCACCUCGUCCACGCCUUCAUCCCCCGCACCCUUCCAGCAGAGCUGCCCCCCAAGCGCCACCCCACCACCCAACCCCUCGCCCAAAGGCCAUCGGGACAUCCGUUUUAAUUUCCCAGAUGUCUCCAGUCCUGCUCAUUUGCACCCUGAUGUCCUCCAAGACACUGUCAGUGAGAUCGAGCAAUCGGCGGAUGACAUUCACUCUGAGCUGGUAGAAGAUGAAGACGAAGAGGAAGGGGAGGAGGAAAUUGAGGUUGAAGACGAAGACCCCGAAGCUGAGGACGAGGAGGACGAAGACGAGGACGACGAUGAGGACAUGAGGAUGAACGUGGGCUCUGACGGCGAGUGCGAUGAGCUGGACGAUCUGCCCAGCUCUCGGGGAAACCAGUGGAAGGGUCCCAUCUCCCGCAAGGCCAGUCAGACCAGUGUCUACCUGCAGGAGUGGGACAUCCCUUUCGAGCAGCUGGACCUCGGGGAGCUAAUAGGAAAGGGCCGCUGGGGCAAAGUGCAUAAGGGGCGGUGGCACGGCGAGGUAGCUAUCCGGCUCCUUGAGAUUGACGGGAACAACCAGGACCACCUGAAGCUCUUCAAGAAGGAGGUGAUGAACUACAGACAGACCAGGCACGAGAACGUGGUCCUUUUCAUGGGGGCCUGCAUGGCUCCGCCUCACCUAGCCAUCAUCACCAGUUUCUGUAAAGGGAGGACACUGUAUUCAGUCGUAAGAGACACUAAAAACACGUUGGAUAUUAAUAAGACGAGACAAAUUGCGCAGGAGAUUGUAAAGGGAAUGGGCUACCUGCACGCUAAAGGGAUUGUUCACAAAGACUUGAAGUCAAAGAACGUUUUUCAUGAUACCAAUAAAGUCAUAAUCACAGACUUCGGGCUGUUUGGGAUCUCUGGAGUUGUUCAGGAGGGGAGGCGUGAGAACAAACUCAAACUUCCACAUGGCUGGAUUUGUUAUCUCGCACCAGAGAUUGUGCGCAGGAUGAGCCCAGGUAACAACGAGGACCGCCUCCCCUUUUCCACCGCAGCAGACGUGUACGCCUUCGGCACCAUUUGGUAUGAACUUCAAGCUCGUGACUGGCCAAUCACCAACCAGCAUGUGGAAGCUACCAUCUGGCAGGUGGGGAGUGGAGAGGGCAUAAAGAAGGUCUUGGCGGAGAUCAGUCUGGGCAAGGAGGUCUCUGAGAUCCUCUCUGCCUGCUGGGCGUACGACCUGAGGGAGAGGCCGACCUUCACCCAGCUGGCCGACAUGCUGGAGAAGCUGCCUAAGCUCAACCGCAGGCUCUCCCACCCGGGACACUUCUGGAAGUCUGCAGAGUUGUAGCAGUCACUCUGAAACAUAAGCAAUGCAAAACAAAAAAAGCCCGGGACUGCCUUGCAUGCUCUUGUAUCCUUAACUCUUACGGGAUUGAUCAAAGCAUCAUCGCCUUUGCCUGAAACAGACACUGCUUCCACUAAUCCACAGUCUGAUCUUCCGUGUCUAACCGUUGCGUUUUUGUUUUUUUUUGUUGUCGGGGAAGAGAGGAUCGGUGGAGCGAGGUGUGACGGCGGGGAGGGAGGGAGGGAGGGAGGGUUGAGGGGACACAGCUGUCGUCCUUCACGCUUUCCCCUCCUUUUUCCGUCUGAUGUCUCUUUGCCUUCCUUUUUUUUUUUUUUUUUUUUUUUUUCUUUCUGUUCUGUAACGUUGUUCCGGGCUCUUGAGGCUUUGUGAAUUACUGGCUCGUGGUGUCUGUGCUGGGACCGACUGGUGUGCUGCGGUUCCACGCCCACUGAUGGCUUUGCACCGUCCUCAGCCCCCCCCCCUGCUCACCUUCCUCCGUGCUGCUGUAAUGUGGCUGUUUCUCGCCUGGGCCCCUGACCACACGGCUCUUUUUCCUCUCUGGAACACAACCGCACACAAAAAAAAAAACACAACAAAAAAAUACACUGCUGGACAUAAAAUGGACCCCAAACACCAGACGGACCGCUUCAUUUAUCUGUGUUUUCCCUGAGGGUGGGGGGUUCACACACGUUUUGCAGGCUGAGUGAUGUUCUCAAGCAAACUGCCUCUCUUCUCGGUUUUUAACGUGUGUGUGUGUGUGAUGGCAUGUGCGUAGAUGGUCACCAGCUCAUGUCUAGGCACAAUAUGCACUUUGUCAACAGGAGAAAUAAUAAUAAUAAUCAUGAACUCUUUUUGUUGUUGUUGUUGUUGUUGUUUAGUUUGGUUUUGAAUAGUCAUAUUUGCAGUGUUUCCUUUCUUUUUUUUUUUUUAUUCAGGGGGUCUCAGAGGCUUGGACAGUGUGAUAUGCUCACUUGUUUGUUGUCUUUUUGGAGUAUAACCUGGUUAACCUAAUUAAUUAAUAGUUUAUUGGAUGCAUUUGAGACACGGGGGGGGGGGGGGCACUGAUGGAGACUUCUGUUCGUUAACAGCUGAAAUGAAAAAACACAGGUGAAAUAUUCCCUUCAUCAUUCACAAUCCGCAUUGGAAUAGAAUCAAGCUGGUUAAAUGUCCAUCCUUUGAUGUGUAAAGUGCACCUUAUGAGAAUAUGAGUUAUUUAGAAAGAUACUUCCGUCAAGAAGUUGAGGGAUUUUCAUUCUGUGGGCAAAAAAAAAAGUAUAAAUCAGGAACCUGGUGCAAAAAGUGUCCUAUAUCUUCCUAAAACAUUACCUCUUGUGCGCGCUUGUGUUUACUGUUUGUGAUUGCUGGCUUCAGUUGGUGUGCUUGUAUUUAUGUGUUUGUUCGUGUGUGUGUGUGUGUGUGUGUGUGGGUGUGGGUGCACGUGCAACAGAGGUGGGCGUCCUGUGCUGGAAUACGUAGGGUUUUUUUUUGUGAAAGACUGCAGUAAAUGUUGUGUUGCAAAUCCAAUGGUAUGUAAUGUAUAUACAUUAUUUCAUGUAUAGCAAAUGAACAUGGUUCUUCUAAUAUUUGUACAAACUUUUUCUAUAUAAAAUACAAAUAAUUUUUUUUUUUUGAAUAGGUACUGCUAAGGCUAUUACAGAUUUGUAUAUAUAUUUAUAUUUUUUUCAUGUAUAAAAUACUGUAUAUAAGCUGUACAAGUUUUUUUUUUUUUUUUUUUU